GCUUCUCUUCUUCGCCGGGCGGAUUCUGGCGGGCGUCGGCGCCGCGGUGCCGCUGAUCUACGUGUUCGUGUGGAUCUCCGAGUUCGCCCCGAAGGACAAAACCGUCGCGUGGGGACACUGGGCGAUGGCGGUCCCCCUACACACGGCCAGCGCGGUUGGAUCCCUGGUCGGGAUCGUCUUCCACCAGCUGCAAAUCACCUGGCGCUACACUCUCCUGUUGCAGGCGUUGCAGUGGUUCGUCGUCGCCUUUCUGCUGGAGAACGUGAUACCGAAGAAGCUGAUCGAAGUGGGGUACUUGACGGUCGCGGAAAAUAAUUUACCGGGGGCGGGCGAGGAAAAUUCAAAUACAACAACGGUCGCUGCGGGUGAAGAUAGAAAUACACGACCCACAAGAACUUCAGCGCAUGAUGUCGAAACAACUACCGGGCCCCCGGGAACAACAAUCAACGAGGAAGCAACAGCGCAAGGAACCGGCACUCGACAUCCAGCGACCGCCAGCGGUCCGACCGCCGACCCGAAGAUGAGGAGAAAACAUCAACCGUCCUCCAGUCAGCAAGUACGCGAGAAUCUGCUGAUCGCCAAAGCGCUCUGGCGGUCGCGGCAAUUCAAACAGGCGCUCACCUUCGUUUGCGUCUGCUUCUCCACGAUCGGGGUGUGGCAGACGUGGACCUGGGUCUUUCUCCUGGACGUGCUGCAUCCGCUCGCGUUCGUGAGAGGCACAAGUGAAGGUGAGAAGAAGAACAUCAGUUAUCAAGUGCUCGCGGUCUACUUCUUCGCACUGAUCCUGACCGCGUGUCUACUCGGCGGGUUCCUGGGCAGUUCGUUCUUCAAUCGGGUGCUGCAGAGGGACUACGACCUGAGGUUGGAAAAGGGGAAGAAGUACUGCUUGCUGUUAAUCAGACGCUUCGCGUGUUUUCUCCUCCUCCCCACCGGUCUCGCCUGCGCCGUCCUGACGCACACGUUUGUCGAAAAUUCGGUGCGCCGGGGGCGAGAAAACGAAGAUAUUAAUGGGACAACGAGAAGUAGUACUAGUGGUGCUGAUGAUACCAGUACCUCCUCCUCCUCCGAGUCUACUACGCUGAUUGAAACCGAUGAAGCUUCGCUGCUAUUCCAGAGCGACCUGCUGCACAUCUGCCUGUUGCUGUUGCUCUUCAUGCCGUUUAUGGUGCUCUGGUUUUUUCUGUUCGCGAUCCUGCGCGGGUACGGAGUCCUCGGCCUGGACGACUUGGAAAAUAGCGAGAGAGAAGAAGAACAAGGCGGCGAACAACAAGCCGGGUCUUCAUCGAGUUUAACCGUGAUUUCCACAACGAAUGACGUUCCUACUGAACGAAAUGAUGAAUUGCAGAAGGCCAGUGAAGAUCACGGCUUUUCCACUACACCGAAAACCCCCCGCCGCACCUCCGGCAAACGGGCAGCAAACAAGAACAAUCUGAAAAUUGCCGAGGGGCUGUUCUCCGUGGCCACGGAUGUGAGCUACGGUCUCGGUUCCUACGCGGGCGGGUUUGUGAUCGACCUGCUUGUUAGCAGCGGAGCAUCGUCAAAGGCACUAUCUCCCCGCACCGCGGUCGCGAGGCUGUUCUCGGUGCACGUGUUUUGCCUCGCGCCCUUGCUCUUCACGGUCUUCGCCGUGCUGUUUUCGCUGUCGGGAAAACAGCGGGGAGGGUGCUGCUGGUGUAGGAGGGAGGAAGAUGAACAUCAACUCGGGAAUUAUAUUGGAAACAACGAGGAUGGCGAUGAUGAAAUUGCUAUUCCUGCGACGAAGCGUCGUGCCUCCCGGACCAGUUUGUUUUUCGAAGCCCUCUUCUUUCACGGCACGAGCCGGGGCGGGACGGCAGCUUUGGGGAAUUUUGCAACAGAAAGAAGAAGCAGGAAUAGCAAGCAGUACGACACGACUGGUAGUGAAAAGGUUGAAAAGUAUAAUGAUCGCAAUACAGGACAAGAAACAUGAGGAGCGAACUGCACGAC